GUCGAACACCGUACCCAUGUGCAUCUUAAAAUUGUUGUUGUUUGUUGUGUCCACGUGACAACAGUUCUGUAAUUGAUUGCAACUUUGCAUCGUUCGACAUCAAAAGUUUACAGUGAUCAGUGUGUUAAACUUGAAAGGUUUUGAAAAAUAGCAAAGGCAUGAAACCAUGCAUAAUUGUUCAUGGAGGUGCAAGUAAUAUUGCAGAUAUUUUUGUUGAAAGAUCCAAGUCUGGUACACAAGUUGCUGCUAAGGCAGGAUACGCAGUUCUUAAAGGGGGUGGUUCUGCGCUUGAUGCUGUCUGUGCAGCUGUGACGUCACUCGAGGACAAUCCUGCCUUUGAUGCUGGCCAUGGUUCUUGCCUCACAGAAGAAGGAACUGUUGAAAUGGAUGCAUUUAUUAUGGAUGGUGAGACACUGAGAGUUGGUGCUGUUGGAGCUGUCACUGAUAUCGCCAAUCCUGUACAGUUAUCCAAGAAGAUUCUUGAGAACACGCCUCAUUGCAUGCUAGUCGGACAGGGUGCAAGUAAAUUUGCCAAAAAAGUGGGACAUCCAGUUUUAUCAGACCCUACUGAAUUGAUUGUUGAAGAAAGUGUUUUGAAAGCAAAAUUGGAUGCCAGGGUCAAGUUUCACCAUAAUGUUAAGACAUAUUUCAAUAACAUAAUCCACUCAAAGGAUAUGCAAGAAUUAGAAGAAAUAGCAAGCAAGAUGGCAAGAGCAGAAGAUAUAGACCCCAAAAAUGGGAGUGUUGGCCAUGAUACUGUUGGUGCGGUUGCAAUUGAUGGAAGUGGAAGAAUAGCUUGUGCUACAUCCACAGGAGGAAUCCCCGGUAAAUGGGUUGGCCGUGUUGGUGAUACCCCCCUAACUGGUUGCGGUGGUUAUGCGAAUCGAUUUGGUGGUGCUUCUUCCACUGGCCACGGAGAAUCAAUAACCAAAACUACCAUCUGCAGACAAGCAGUUUACUACAUGGAGAACGGUGAUGAUGCACAAACAGCAGCAGAGAAAGCAAUAAAAUACCUUGGAAAUGAGACAGACGGGAGAGGUGGUAUCAUUUGCAUCAGCAAUAAAGGUGAUAUUGGAUUCUCCUUUUCAACUUUCAGAAUGGGAUGGGCUUUCAUUGCUGAUGACAAAAUCAAAUUUGGAAUUGACCAUGGAGACCAAUUUGAAGCAAGCUUAAACUAGAGAAUAUACGCUACUAUCAAAUGGAGCAUCGCAAUUUUUUAAAAAAAAUUUGAUUUAAUCAAAUCAGUAAUUCAAAGAAAUUCAAAAUUA